CGCCAUGGGAAAGUACAGCCGCUCCGCCGCCGCAGAUGUUUGUAACGGACGACACCAUGAGCGUUUUCACGGAUGCCAGGGGACAUGAUCGCCUCUCCUUUAUCUAUGUGCCGUUCACUAUCGAAGAAGAAGAAGUGACCUUCUGCGAGUCGGAAGAUGUCAGCUCUGAAGAAGGUGUUACCAUGGCUACUACAGACUCACUGCUGUCUUUUCUUUGAGAAGGACUCAGACCAGAAGUUUUCAUCUUGGUCCCCGUCUCGAAAGUUCAAUGAAGGCAGACGCCUACCUCCAUCUAGGAACAUGAAGGGCUUAUCCGGCAGCCGUUCCCACCACCAGAUUCCUUUACCCCACGGCUUGGACUAUGACCCCCACGCCCAUGACCUCCACGCCCGCCAUGGCUCCGAGUCCCGCCACUCAUCCUACCUGCUCAGCCCCACGGAGAGCUGCCCUAUGGACUUCCACCACCGCUACUCGCCGCGCAGCUCCAUCCACUCCGACUGCAUGAUGAUGUCGCCCGUCCUGAUCGCCCCGCCCGCCGCGCCGGAACACAUCUCCAGCAGCACCUUCCCCAGAAUGCACUACAGCUCUCAGUACUACGACUCGGCCACACGCGACGACUGCGCCGCCAUCACAGCCUCCGCCACCUCGCCGGCCGUCGCGGCGGCGGCGGCGGCCGCGGCCGCCUCCUCCCACCACGCCGGCACCAAGAGCAACCGCCUUCCCGCCAACCUGCUCGACCAGUUCGAGAAACAACUGCCACUGCACCGCGACGGCUUCCACACAUUACAGUACCAGCGCACCUCCACCACCACCGAGCAACGCAGCGAGAGUCCCGGCCGCAUCCGACACCUCGUCCAUUCCGUCCAGAAGCUCUUCACCAAGUCCCACUCCCUGGAGGGCUCGUCCAAGAUGAACGGCACGAAGGGGGACGUAGGAGGCGGAGGAGGAUCGGGGGGUUACUACCAUCACGGCCAUCACUCCACCAAACACGGUAGCAAGAGGAGCAAGAGCAAAGAGCGCAAGCACCGCUCGGGCGGCUGGUGGAGCUCGGACGACAACCUGGACAGCGACAGCACCUACCGCACGCCCAGCGUCAUGUCGCGGCACCACGGCGAGCACGUCAGCAGCCACUGCUACCCGGAUUCCAUGCACAGCCACCACUUCGGAGACCUGUCGCUCAAGGCCUCCAAGAGCAACAACGACGUCAAGUGCUCGGCGUGUGAGAGCAUGGCCAUGGCGCCCGAGGGCAAGUUCAUGAAGAGGAGCUCCUGGUCGACGUUAACGGUCAGCCAGGCCAAGGAGGCCUACAGGAAGUCAUCGCUUAAUUUAGAUAAACCCAUGAUGCACACCGACCUCAAGUCAUCGCGGACGUGUCACUAUCUGCAGGUGCCCCAGGACGAGUGGAGCGGAUACCCGGGGGACAAAGACGAGGAGAUCCCGUGUCGGCGGAUGCGAAGCAGCAGCUACGUCAAAGCUAUGGGAGAGGUGGACGAUGAGAGCGGGGAUUCCGACACCAGCCCGAAGAUGUCUCCACAGAAGGCCAUCCGACCGGACGCUCUUGUCCUUAAAUCAGCCAUGCAGAGACCCCAUUUAGACUCGCACAGCCAGGGCUACCACUUGCAAACAAGAGAUUUGCGGCCCCACCCUAGUGUAACGCUGGACCCUGCCACCUCCUUUCACCCCCCACCCUUCCGCUCUCGCAACCAGAGCUACAUGCGCGCCGUCAGCACCCUCAGUCAGGCUAGCUGCGUCAGCCAGGUGAGUGAGACUGAGAUCAAUGGCCAGUUUGAGUCAGUUUGCGAGUCCGUUUUUAGUGAAGUAGAAUCCCAGGCUAUGGAGGCCUUGGACCUGCCUGGUUCGUUCCGCACUCGAAGCCACAGUUACCUCCGUGCAAUUCAGGCUGGUUAUUCCCAAGAUGACGACUGCUUGCCUUCAAUGACAUCCUCCACUGUCACUUCAACUCUCAGAUCCACAACAGGCGCCCGUAGCUUAGCUGGGGGGCGUAGAGAGUACGGUAGGUCUGGGAUUCAGUUCCGUCUCCCUACUUCCUGCAGCGUGGACCGCGCUCAGCCUCCUCCAGCGGUAUCAUAUCCUCCCAGUUACAAGAAGACUCCACCUCCUGUGCCCCCGCGCACCACCACCAAGCCUCUUAUCUCUGUGACAGCCCAGAGCAGUACAGAGUCCACACAAGAUGCCUACCAGGAGGGCAGGCACCCGCGGGGCGGUCUGUGGACCACGGACAGCCUCGGCCGUCCCAUCUACAGCUCCAUGGACAGCCUGGACAGCACCAAGGCGGUCACCAUGGCCAUGGAGUCGGCGGCGAGCAAGAGGCAUGCCUCUUUGGGCAGCCACACUUCCAUCCAGACGUGCGACAAGGCGGUGCUGGUGUCCAAGGCCGAGGAGUACCUCAAAACCCCCCGUUCCUCCAUUGGGAUACAGGUGGAAACUGUGACAGACUCUGAGACUGAGAGUAAAGGCCUUCCUCAGUUCCAUUCGAUCGGGAUCCAGGUGGAGGAUCACAAACGGCACGGGCGGUUCAAGCGCUCCAACAGCGUGACCACUGCCGUGCAGGCAGACUUAGAGCUGGAGGGCUUCCCCUCCACGGAGGACAAGGGUCUGCAGUUCGGCGGCGGUUUCGGCCGCCACUCGGAGCCCAGCACGCCGACGCAGUACGGCGCCAUCCGCACGGUGCGCACGCAGGGCCUGUUCAGCUACAGGGAGGACUACCGGCCCUCCAGCGGGCCCUCCAGCCCGCAGCCCGAGCCCUGGCUGGUGGAGCCCAGCCUGGAGAGCACCGACACGGGCCGGGUGUCCCCUCUGCGCCGGGACGGCAGCUGGUUCAUGCAGCUGCUGCACAACGAAACCAAGCGGUUGGAGGGAUGGUGCAAGGAGAUGGAGAGAGAGGCCGAAGAGCACGACCUGUCGGAGGAGAUCCUAGGAAAAAUCCGGAGUGCGGUUGGAAGUGCACAGCUCUUAAUGUCUCAAAAGUUUCAGCAGUUUUACUGGCUGUGCCAGCAGAAUUUGGACCCCAGUGCCAUGCCCAGACCCACAUCUCAGGACCUGGCUGGAUUCUGGGACCUUUUGCAGCUUUCCAUCGACGACGUCACUGCCAAGUUUGACGAGCUGCAGCAGAUCAAGAGCAACCACUGGCAGCUGGUGGAGAGCCCAGAGAAGAAGGAGCGGAAGUGGCCGCCACCUCUGCCCAAGAGGCCCUCCAAGGGGCGUGGCAGCGUGAUGCGGGAGCGUUCUCUGGACCUUCAGGACCGCCAGCGUCAGGAGGCUCGCCGGCGCCUCAUGGCGGCCAAGCGUGCGGCUUCUUUCAGACAGAACUCGGCCACAGAGCGGGCGGACAGCAUCGAGAUCUACAUCCCCGAAGCCCAGACGCGGCUUUGA